UCUAUCUGUACCUCCUAGGAAACGAGGCCACCCUUGACGGCACAUUCUACCGUAGUUGCACAAAGAGGCCACCGUAAUCUUUGUGCUUCAUCCCGAAAUUAGCGGGGCUGGAUUCCAGUUGGGGCAUGUGGCAAGCUGGCAACUCCACCAACACCUUCCCAACUCAUUCCUACCUUCCAUGACGUACAAAAUACCUUGAGACAACCUUAUUCUCGUGAUAAUCUCUCUACCCAUCUGUUCGACCAUUUCUUAGCGACCAACCAAUAUCGGAAAAAGGUCCCAGCCAUGGCAGCUCCGACCUUCAAUUCCAAAUCGCCAACCAUCCGGCGCAUAAUGCGCGAAGCCGCCGAGCUCUCAUCCUCUCCCUCGCCCGACUACACGGCCACGCCUCUCGAGACGGACCUCUUCGAGUGGCACUUCACCCUCCGCGGGCCGCCCAACUCGCCCUACGCCGAGGGCAUCUACCACGGUCGCAUCACGCUCCCAUCCUCAUACCCGCUCCGGCCGCCCUCCUUCCGCUUCUCCACGCCGUCGGGCCGCUUCGAGGCCAACCGCGAGAUCUGCCUGUCCAUCAGCGGCCACCACGAGGAGACGUGGCAGCCGGCCUGGGGCCUGCGCACCGCCCUCGUCGCCCUGCGCUCCUUCAUGGUCACCGACAGCCGCGGCCAGGUCGGCGGCCUCGACAGCCCCGAGCACGUCCGCCGCCGCCUCGCCGCCGAGAGCCGCGCCUGGGCCUGCCCCGCCUGCGGCUCCAGGUCCAACGAGGACAUCAUGGCCGAGUGCGCAGAGGCCGCGCGCAAGCACGAGGCGGAGGGUGGCGGGCGGCCCGCUGCUACUGACGAGCAGGUCCCUGUCGAGCUCAAGAUGGGCUUUCGGGACGAGAUGGAGAAGGAGGCUGCUGCGGCUGCGGCUGGUGCGGCUGGUGCAGGUGGUGCGGCGGCGCGCGUGGUCAGCGACCGGGUUCUCGACGCGGAGAGCGCCGAGCUGGCAGAGGGCUUCGUGCAGACGGCGCCGCUGCCCGUGCCCAUUCCCCUGCCGCCGACGCCAGCGCCACAGGCAGCAGCGGGCCCAGCAUCACCCUCAACGCGGCCGCUGGCGGCGGCGGCGGCGCAGCAGGGCGUGCCCCUGCCCACGAGGACCGUGCCGCUGGUGGGCCCACGCCGGCGGCGCAGGGCUCCCGGGGCGGUGCGGGCCCGCCGGAGGGGCGCGUCCAACGAUGCCGUACCGGUGUGGGUCGAUCGGCUGAUCAUGGUCGUCGGGGUCCUGUUGGCGGCCAUGGUCGUGAAGGUCUUUUUGGGCGUAUGAAGCUUUUUUUUCUAUUUCUGUGUCUUUCGUUUGGCAUGCUUGACGUGGGAGGGCGAAUAUCUGGGCCGGGUUUUCGGGGUUAUGGGGCACAAAAAGGCGUUGUUAAGCAAGGGCCAAACCUCCCCUUGUCAGGUAUUUGGUUUCUAGAAUUGGAAUGGGAUGGAUGGCUUAUUGUGUCGACUUAGAGCGCCUCCAUUUGUUUUCUGGUUAAUGCGGAUCUGAUUAUUUGCUUUGCAUGUUUCCAUCGGGUCAACUACCAGCUAGCUACCUUGGUCCUCAUCCUGCCUCGGCCGAGGGUUCUGAGUAACCUCCUUGAUGACCUCCCUUGUCCG